UCCUGGCCGGCCCGGCCCGAAGGCGGCUCGGGUGCAGCCGGGGCUUGUGAGUGGGUGACAAGGACUGGCCGGCGGACUGGCCUCGAACUCAGAACCGACCCUCCUCUCUCCCCCGCCUCCACUCCCCCGGGGCUGCGGGGAGAGGGAUGAAGCCGGCCGGGGGCUGCGGGGCCUCGGGAGACCCUCCCCUAACAACCCAGGUGCCCUUGUUUCUUAAUAGUGUCAGACUUCCUGCUCCCACCGAUACUUCCCAGCAUGUGCUGAAGUGGUGACAGCCACAGACCUAGAAUAAAGCAAGAAGUCUAUUUUCAAGGUUGGUCGGCGCCCACCGAUGGCAUGUUGAGACACACCGAGCAGCAGUGGAGAGGGCGUGCGAUCGGCAGGGUGCUGCUCUGAAAGCCAGACCGCCUGAACCAUGGGGCAGUGCGUCACCAAGUGCAAGAACCCUUCGUCUACUCUGGGCAGCAAAAACGGCGACCGAGAUCCCGGCAGCAAAUCCCACAGCAAACGGAGCGCGGGCCCCAGAGAUGACCACUCCCCGGCCGGGGGGAAGUCCGCCGGGGACAUCCUCGUCAACGGGACAAAGAAGGCCGAGGCGGCCACGGAAUCCGGCCGGCUUCCGACUUCCUCUGGGGAGGCGGGGAAGGAGCCUGGGCAAAGUGCCCAGGAAUCCUCGGGGCAGAGGAUGGAGGAACUGUUUCGGCGCUACAAGGACGAGCGGGAAGACGCCAUCCUGGAGGAAGGCAUGGAGCGCUUCUGUAACGACCUCUGCGUCGACCCCACGGAAUUCAAAGUGCUCGUCUUGGCAUGGAAAUUCCAGGCGGCCACCAUGUGCAAGUUCACGAGGAAGGAGUUUUUCGAGGGUUGCAGAGCAAUCAGCGCGGACAGCAUCGACGGGAUCUGCGCUCGCUUCCCCAGCCUCUUGAACGAAGCCAAACAAGAGGACCGAUUCAAGGAUCUCUACCGCUUUACCUUUCAGUUUGGCCUGGACUCGGAAGAGGGGCAGAGGUCGCUGCACCGGGAAAUAGCCAUCGCCCUCUGGAAGCUCGUCUUCACCCAGAACAGCCCCCCCAUAUUGGACCAGUGGUUGAACUUCCUCUCCGAGAACCCCUCGGGGGUCAAGGGGAUCUCCCGGGACACGUGGAACAUGUUCCUAAACUUUACUCAGGUGAUCGGACCCGACCUUAGCAACUACAGCGAAGACGAGGCCUGGCCUAGCCUCUUCGACACCUUUGUGGAAUGGGAGACGGAGCGAAGGAAAAGGGAAGAGGAGACCAAAUGGAUUACACCUUCAGACACAGACGGGCCUUCUCCAGAGGAACACACCUAAGAGUGGGGACAAAAACAGCCUGGCGUUCUCCUUUCAGUGUAAAACUCUGAAAUCUUCUGGAAAUCGCUGAGGAUCCAGAUAUUUUCUACUUCAAACCUUUCUCUGCCUUGUAUCCGAAAGGGCUCUAAAAUGCUGUAUCAUGUUUUAGGCACUUUCCUCAUUUGGGUUUUUCCUCUUUGACUUUUUGGUCCUGAAAUAUUUGACCCCGGCUACAAGUUAAAUCCAGUUCUCUGUCCCCGUCCCAUCUCCCUCCCCUCCGUCCCCCCCCAGCCCCGAGCCUUCGGAGAAGGUGUCUCUGCCGUGUCUUGCACAAUUUAGAUGGUUGUUUUUUAUGUCAGUUAACCUGACUACGUGAUACAGUGCCAGAUCUCAAUUUUGCAUACUACAUUUUUCAGGGCAGUUCUGUACUGUGAGUAGUGCUGUUUACAUGGUUGAAUUUAGGUUGUAAAAAUUAUUUAAAAAGAUUUACACGGAGUUGAAUAGCAGUGUUAACUAGUAACUACAUCGCAUUAAUAGGCAGGCGAUUCUUAGGCUCUGCCAAGAAAGCAAGCAGCAGCAUUUUGCAGUCCAAAUCCCGUUUUAAGCUAAUCAGAAAAACAGUCUUCUUCCCCCGUCCGUUCCUUCUGUGAGCUAUUGAGUUGUGAACACGGAUUCUAUUUCCGGGCGCCCCACGUCCAUCGGUCAAGCGAGCGGUCCCCAUCCCGGCAUCUGAUACGUAAACCACUUGAGCGUCAGACGCAGAGAAGGCAGUGCUACCUCAGUUGUGCUGGAAGUAGAAUUCUUCGAGAGUUUUUAUUCUUAAUCGAGUUGCUGUAUUUUCACGUUUCUGGUGGAAAUACUUUUUAUUUGACUUGGAGCCAAAGGUUCUGUUUCUGGCGGGCGAAGCGUGCCCGCCCCCUUGUCCCGUCGUCCCUCUCUCCCCCUCACCUCCCAGCCGACUUGAAGGGAAAUUCGUGGCGAGCAGGUCUGCUUUCAUUUCAUUUCACGUUUUGUACGGAGUCCUGUCGGCUUACUUGUCUGGCGAGUGCGGGUGACCCGGGUCGGUCUGAAUAUCGCCGGGCGAGCUGUUUAAGGGAGUGCAAGAUAGCCGGAACCCCUUUCUGGCUCUCUUCACCUGCUGCAGCGGUGACGCCCCCGAUUGAUUAUUUAAUGUUCUUAAUCGAGGGGUCGGUCUGCCCGAACGAGGCAGCGACGCUCGGGACUCACACGGCCGCAGCUGGGUUUUCGCCGCCUCGUGGGGGGAUGAGGGGGUAGCCUCCCUGAGCCCGGGGCUGGGGGUGGAGAAGACCUGGUGAUGCCGGAGGCCGAGCGUGGACCUGCGAUGGCCAAAGAGAGGAUGCCAGCAGCUCGCGACCGUGGCCUUGUCCUUCACCCCUCUGCGCUGUUCGCCGGACGACCCUCUGCGGGACAGAGAGCUGUCCUCUGGGCUAGAGUGAACCAACCGACUCCUCGUCCAUACGGGGUCUCGGAGGAGGGCCGGCUUUAGCUUUUGACUUUAAUCGGAUUAACCGAAGUUGAGCAGAGGAGGUGGCGGGCUCAAUUUUUACUGUUUUCCACCCGUUUCGGAAGGUGCCGGACGGCUCGAAAGGGAUCCCUGUCUCCAACUGGCACGUUUUAAUUCCCGUAACCCUUUGUGGCGACUUCGUUUUUUGUUGAAAUUCUCCCUACCCCCUGGGGGCGAGAGCCUCCUUCCGGCGGUGCCGGGACGACGGUUUCGUGAGUCCCCGUGCGGUAGGGAUCUUCCCCUUAAACGUUUCGAUUCUUUAAAAAUAACAAAAAUGACUCGGGCCGGUUUCCGCGCUUCAGACCACCGGCCUAUAUCUUAAAACCGCGGCAGUUAAGGUGCCCUCCGAGCCUGAAGGAAACCUCAGCCUGGCUGCUGGAUCCGUACCUGCCCCUUCGGCGCCGACCCCCACCCUAUCACCGGCUUGCAAGGGGCUGGGCCAGGGUCGCUGCCGAACGAUCAUCUUAAACAGGGAUCCGUAAUGACCUCGGGCUGCACCGGUGCCGGAUUUUUGAGUCGUUGCAGCGGCCGCCCGGAUCCGAGUGUGUGGAGGGAAGAGAGACGGGCGUGUCUCCUUCCUCAGCUCAGCCCCGUCCUCUGGCCGUGAAGGUGCCGUACCUCUGAAGAGGGGCAGAUAGCAAACUGCUCUGCGCCUGAGCAGCAGCGAGGAGUGAGGAAGUACGCGGUAGGGCCUGCUGAAAGUCUCCUCAUCCACGUUUAGAGAGAAGGCAUUCCAUUAAUUAGCUGUAGGUGUGAGGGUUUUUAAAAUUGCAAAUGAUUCCCCCCCA